UCCCGCUACUCCACAAUUUACAUGUCAUUGAAUCAAAUAUGCACUCAUUAAAACACACUGUAUGAGAGAACGAUUAAGCCUUUUACACCAACACAUAAGCCCUAAUCAGAGACCAUAUAAUAGAUUAUAUGGUCUCUGCCCUAAUCUAUACCAGAUGUAGAAGUAUGUGAUCAAUUUUCAAUGUGAUUCGAAGUAGUCCAUUUCUCAUUUUUUAAAUAUAUAUUAAGGGAAUAUAUAACUAUUUUCUCAGUUCCUAAGUCGCACAAGGUAAGUGACACCAUUACAUCAUUCAUGGAAUAAACUACAUGUAUGUUGAGUUGCCAAGAGCGGUGACGAAAACUCGAGAAUCUUCGAAGAGUUACCUCCCUUACAGGGAUUCCCUCUUAAGCUGUGACGUCACAUUCUAGAGGUUUCCGGAAGAGACGAGACAGUUGUACACAAAUCCACGCUGGUGUGGAAGUAUGGAGAAGGUAAGGGGACUGGUAUAUAUACAGGCGGUCUGUCAGACCACAGCCAUACACCAGGCUGGAAGCGUACACUACUGUAUACUACCGAUACACAGCGAAGCAGAGAGGGAGACUACACACUUUCUGUCUGUCAGAUACACUGAAGUGACUUAGUUCAAGAAGCGAUUAUUGAAGUUUGUUGUUUUGAAGAGAAUGGCGCCUAAAGGAAAAGCUCCCGCCAUUGGCAUAGACCUGGGAACCACCUACUCUUGUGUUGGUGUGUUCCAGAAUGGAAAGGUGGAGAUUAUCGCCAACGACCAGGGCAACAGAACGACCCCCAGCUACGUGGCCUUCACUGACACAGAGCGUCUGCUCGGAGAUGCCGCUAAAAACCAGGUGGCGCUGAACCCACAGAACACUGUGUUUGACGCCAAGAGACUAAUCGGCAGACAAUUUGAGGACAGCACUGUCCAAAACGACAUGAAACACUGGCCGUUCCGCGUUGUCAACAGUUCAGGGAGUAAGCCCAAACUACAAGUGGAGUACAAGGGAGAAAAGAAGACGUUUGCGCCUGAGGAAAUCAGCUCCAUGGUGCUGAGCAAGAUGAAGGAGACAGCUGAGGCGUACCUUGGACAGCAGGUGACUGAUGCAGUGAUAACAGUGCCUGCAUACUUCAACGACUCUCAGAGGCAGGCGACCAAGGAUGCGGGGGCCAUUGCAGGGCUGAAAGUAUUGAGAAUCAUCAACGAGCCUACUGCAGCUGCCCUGGCCUAUGGCCUGGACAAGAACUUGAAGGGGGAGAGGAAUGUGCUCAUAUUUGAUUUGGGAGGUGGCACAUUUGACGUGUCUGUGCUGACCAUAGACGAGGGCUCCAUGUUUGAGGUGAGGUCAACUGCGGGGGAUACUCAUCUGGGAGGGGAGGACUUUGACAACCGAAUGGUGGACCAUUUCCUUCAGGAGUUCAAGAGAAAGUUCAGGAAGGACAUCAGCAACAACGCACGUGCCAUGAGACGUCUGCGCACUGCAUGUGAACGUGCCAAGAGAACUCUGUCCAGCAGCACGGAGGCCGGUAUAGAAAUUGACUCCCUGCAUGAGGGAGUGGACUUUUACUCCAAAAUUAGCAGGGCACGAUUUGAGGAGCUGUGUUCCGAUCUGUUCCGCUCAACUUUGGAACCAGUGGAGAAAGCUCUGAGAGAUGCUAAACUGGACAAGUCUCGCAUCCACGAUGUGGUGUUGGUGGGAGGCUCCACACGAAUCCCCAAGAUUCAGAAGCUGCUGCAGAAUUUCAUGAAUGGCAAAGAUCUGAACAAGUCCAUCAACCCCGAUGAAGCUGUGGCUUACGGAGCUGCAGUGCAGGCCGCCGUGCUGAGUGGGGACACGAGCGACGCCAUCAAGGAUGUUCUGCUGGUGGACGUUGCGCCGCUGUCCUUGGGUAUCGAGACUGCUGGAGGUGUGAUGACCAAGUUGAUUGAUCGGAACACAAGAAUCCCCACCAAGGCAAACCAGACCUUCACAACCUACUCCGACAACCAGCCAGGGGUCAGCAUCCAGGUGUUUGAAGGGGAGAGGGCUCUCACAAAAGACAACAACAUUCUGGGCAAGUUUGAGCUCACAGGUAUUCCCCCAGCCCCCAGAGGUGUGCCUCAGAUUGAGGUGACAUUUGACAUUGAUGCUAAUGGCAUCCUGAAAGUGUCUGCAGUUGACAAAAGCACUGGCAAGUCCAACAACGUCACCAUCAGUAAUGACAAAGGUCGUCUGAGCAAGGCCGACAUUGACAGAAUGGUGUCUGAAGCUGAGAAGUACAAGGAAGAGGAUGAGAAACACAAGGAGAGAAUCGCUGCCAGGAACCGCCUGGAGAACUACGUGUUCAGUGUGAGGGCCAGUGUGGACGAGAUGGGCAGCAAGAUGGAGGAUGUGGACAAGCAGACAAUAAGCAAAGCUUGUGAGGAGACGCUGCGGUGGCUGGACAACAACUCCCUGGCGGAGAAGGAGGAGUUUGAGCAGCAGUACAAGCAGCUUGAGAGACUCUGCUCCCCGGUCAUGUCCAAACUCCACAGUCAGGGACGUCCGCAGCAGCAGGGCGGGGCCGGCAGAGGGCCCAGUGUGGAGGAGAUGGACUAGACACAUUCAUUCAGGACUGACCUAAACAGUAUUAGAAUAACACGUGUGUAAUGUUGUAUGAAUGAAUGUUGGUGGUUAAAUGUUACAGAUCUGUUUAUAUUGAUUCAGCACACUCUACAUGCUGAUCAUGACACAGUAUGAUGUUUAUAUUUUUCAAACUGUUUUGAAUAAAUAUUGAAAAGCA